UGGAGCCGAAAUAAAUCAGAAUGAGUUAUGCAGAAAGACCCGAUGAAAUCACGAAAGAUGAGUGGAUGGAGAAACUCAAUAACUUGCAUGUCCAGCGGGCAGACAUGAACCGCCUCAUCAUGAACUACUUGGUCACAGAGGGCUUUAAGGAAGCAGCAGAGAAAUCUCGAAUGGAAUCUGGGAUUGAACCUAGUGUGGACCUAGAAACACUUGAUGAGCGGAUCAAAAUCCGUGAGAUGAUCCUGAAAGGCCAGAUCCAGGAGGCUAUUGCGUUGAUCAACAGUCUCCAUCCGGAGCUCCUGGCCACAAACCGGUACCUUUACUUCCACCUGCAACAACAGCACCUCAUAGAGCUGAUCCGCCAGCGUGAGACCAAGGCGGCGCUGGAGUUCGCACAGACCCAGCUGGCCGAGCAAGGUGAGGAGAGCAGGGAAUGCCUGACGGAGACGGAGCGCACCCUGGCCCUGCUGGCCCUUGACAACCCAGAAGAGUUGCCGUUUGGGGACCUGCUUCACAUGAUGCAGAGGUAGAAGGUGUGGAGUGAAGUUAACCAAGCUGUCCUAGAUUAUGAAAAUCAUGAGUCAAUACCCAAGCUGGCAAAAUUACUGAAACUACUCCUUUGGGCUCAGAAUGAGCUGGACCAGAAGAAAGUAAAAUAUCCCAAAAUGACAGACCUCAGCAAAGGUGUGAUCGAGGAGCCCAAGUAGAGUCCG